AUGCCCAAACGGAAAGCCCCCUCUAAGAUCUCUGGCCUUUUGGGGUCAGAUGAUGAGGAUAUAAUGCAGAUCAAGCAAACAGAGGCCCAAGAGACACAUGAUGAGCCUCCCGCCAAAAAGCGCAGAGGCAGACCGCGUACUUCACACGAAAAUGUGACCACCGAAACCAAGCCCAAGCCCAAACCAGCUACGCGAGCGAAGAAACAGAAAGAAGUGGCUGAAGCUACAGAAGAAGCCCCCGCACCAAAGAAACGAGGCCGACCACCAGGAAGCAGUCGCGUAUCGCAGUCGCAAGAUCCUGAGCCAAAGACCCAGGCGGACGAUCGUACUCGGGACCAGGAGAAUGAAGACCCUCAGCGCGCACAAAAGACCAAUGCCACAAAGCCAGCAGCCACCCGUCACGGACGAGCUGUAGCCAGCGUGAGGAAGGAGCUUCAAACAGACAAUGGAUUCGAUUACACUCCACGCGACAGUCAGAAAGCCAGUGUUCCAGAGGAUUCUCAAGAGCAACCAUCACCCAGUCCUCAUCCUCGGGCAAAAGGACGAAGAGCGGAGCCUGAAGUAGAGGAAACACAAGAAGCCGAUGAACCUGCCGCAGAACUCGUAGACGAGACGAUCCUUCCCGAUGAACCGGCUUCUAAUCGCUACAUCACGUCUCCUGUGAAGAAUGCUCGCGCCCGAGCGUCCCUCUUGCGCCAUCCACCGGAUGCUUCUCCUCGGAAGCGCAAACUAGGAGAAACUGAACAGAGCGGUGACCCAGAGCUAAGGCGUAGGCUUGGUGAACUCAACAAGAAGCACGAUGCGUUGGAAGUCAAAUAUCGGAACCUCCGGGAAAUCGGAAUUAUCGAGGCCAAUGCCAAUAUGGAUAAACUGCGGAAACAGUGUGAGACGAUUACUACAGCUUCGAACGAAUUGGUUGCCUCGCUCAAAUCAGAAUUGGAAGUCCAGCGUAAGCUUGGGCAACAGAGCCGUGGUCUGCAGAGGCAACUCAAUGACCGUGAUGCCGAGACGGCCAGGUUAAAGUCUCAGGCUGAUGAGGCGCAGGCACAACUCGCCUCUGCUCAAACCGAAGUCAAGGCCCUACAGACGAAGCUUGCUGCGGCGCGCAACACAGCUGCCAGCAUCGAGGGGGCUGCGAAGAUUCCCGGUAGUGCCAUCAAGGGUGGCCCGGCCAACCGUGCUAAUGCGGCAGCCAGCGCUGAAGCGGCGCAAGCUGCACAGCUGGCACAGCUAAAGGAAGACCUUUACAGUGAUCUUACCGGAUUGAUCGUUCGCGAUGUCAAAAUCACAGAUACAGACCAUGUGUACGAUUGCAUCCAGACUGGAAUCAAUGGAACUCUUCAUUUCCACUUGGCCAUUCCCAAGGCAUCAGCUAAUUACGACAAUACCGAGAUUCAGUACCUGCCUCUCUUGGAUGCCAACCGGGAUCGCGACUUAGUGAAUAUGCUGCCGAACUUCUUGGUGGAGGAUAUCACCUUCAGUCGUGGACAGGCCGCCAAGUUCUAUACGCGGGUAAUCGAUGCCCUGACCAAACGCCGGUCUCUUCCAGCGCAGUAG